AUGUCAACAGAAAAACAAGUAGAUCGUCAAAAAGCUCCAGUAGCAGCCAAUCAAUCACGAGAAAAUCUCGUUCGAUAUAAUUAUCAUGAAGAUAAUGAAGGUUUAAUCAAUCGACAAAUUAAUUUAGAAUUAUAUGCAAGUUACGUUUAUACAGCAAUGGCACAUCAUUUCGAACGACCUGAUGUUGCUUUAAAAGGUCAUAGUAAGCUGUUCAAAAAAAUGGCUGAAGAAGAACGUGAACAUGCUAAUAAAUUCAUGGAAUAUCAAAAUAAACGUGGUGGUACAAUUGUUCUUUUGGAUAUUAAAAAACCUGUCCAACAAAGCUGGGGUUCAAGUCUUGAAGCACAUGAAACAGCAUUACAAUUGGAAAAAGAUGUUUACCAAGCAUUACUUGAAUUACAUUCAUUUUCUUGUAAACACAAUGAUCCACAUUUGACUGAUUAUCUUGAAGGAGAAUUUAUUGAAGAACAGGUUAAAUCACUCCAAGAAUACGCUGGUUAUAUUACUAACUUACGCCGUGUUGGUCCUGGUUUAGGAGAAUAUAUUUUCGACAGGGAAGAACUUGAUCAUUAA